AUCCAUUUUACUAUCUUAUCGAGAAACUUCCUCGUAUUUUUUUUUUCAAAAACAGUGAAAAAAAUAAAAAAAAUAAAGGAAGGACGGUUGGGUUGUUUACGCUUAACGCGGCACGCUUAGAAUCCACAGACACGAUUGAAGAUUCCUGCCCUCCUUCGGGGACAAAUUCUAAUAUAGAUUGUAUUAUUAUCUCCUAAAAGCAAUCCCACAGCGCCACCAACGACCAUCGUUUUUAACAUAUCGCGGCCUUACGGCGGUGAUGUGGGUCGAUUGGGACAAUACUCCUCAAGAACCGCAGCAGCCGGAGCAAGAUUGUAACGUCAAUUACGACUUUCUUUCUCUUCUUUCCAAGCCCAAGGAUUAUUAUAAGAUAUUGGAAGUGGAUUACGAUGCUACGGAAGAUGCUAUUCGCUCAAAUUACAUCCGUCUUGCACUGAAAUGGCAUCCAGAUAAGCAAAAGGACGAUGGGAAUAGCGCCACUUCAAGAUUUCAAGAGAUAAACGAGGCCUACCGGGUUCUCAGUGAUCCAGUCGAACGGAGAGAAUAUGAUAAGAAGAGGAUGUUGCAUGUGUAUGACUAUGACAUAAUUGACUACCUGAACCGUUACAAAGGACUUAUAUUAACAUGUAAUGGUCUCGGGAUUAGGCAAUCUAUUUGGUAGGCCUAAGCAGGAGGAAUUGAGGUCUCUUCUUUAUAUUUGUCACAAUGCUUGAAUUGAGCAGCCCAGAUUUGUUGAUAAUGCGAACAGCGCAGUCGAUGACGAGGACAAGCUUGGAUUUAUUACAAGUUUAUGUUAUACAAGGGUUGUGUAUAGUGAGCUAGAGAAAUUUAAAACAUCAUCUGUAACAUCUUAUGCUUGUCCAUCUUAUGAGGGCAUGACCAACUGUCCAAUGCAUGCUUGUUAAUUCAGUAGUAGCAAACACUAGCAUCUUUUGUGAUGAA